CAUUGCGGCGUCCACACCACUUCCCAGCAGUGGUUCAACAGAAGUGCCAUCAACUCCAUCACGACUUGAGGAGGAGCAAGUGGAAGCAUCCACACCACUUCCCAGCAGUGGUUCAACAGAAGUGCCAUCAACUCCAUCUCCACUUCAUGAGGAGGACAAAGAGGAAGAUGACAUUGACAUGGCAGAGACCACCCCACCAUCCAGAACUGGGGUACCUGUAGGUAUUGCAAGCACCACAUUAAGUGAUGACCCAGGAUGUUGGCCCAGUGUCCUAACAAGCAGUAUGCGCUGUGAAAUAGUCAAAAAAGGACCUGUGCAAAUCAUGGACAUUGAAUUCCCGCAAAACUUAGACAAUCCUCCUCGAAGAUUCACCAAGGACAGUUACAAAAGAACCAUGAAAAAUGGUGAGAAUAUACAUCGAUCGUGGCUGGUGUAUUCCAUCCACACAGAUGGAGUGUUCUGUUUCCCUUGUACUGUUUUCGGGAAGCGUGAGCGUGACAAUGCCUUAACGACCUGUGGCUACGGUGGAUGGAAGAACCUUUCCUAUCGCCUAAAAAAACACGAGUGCACAAAGGUGCACUGUGACAAUGUGAAAAAGUGGCACGACCUUCAGAGGAGACUGCAAACCAGUACACUGAUUGAUCAAAGACAGAUGGAGUUGAUGCAACUUGAAGUUGAACACUGGAAAGGCGUGAUUCGGAGAGUGAUUGCCAUAGUUUCCCAUCUGGCAGAACGCAACCAGGCUUUGAGAGGAACUACCAGUACCGUGUAUGAUCGCCACAAUGGGAAUUUUCUGGCUCAAGUGGAACUCCUAGCACAGUUUGAUCCGGUAAUGAAUGAACACAUCAGACGAAUACAAUGCAAAGAGACAAAGGUGCAUUACCUGAGUGGAGUCAUUCAGAACGAAAUCAUUCAGCUGGUCGGAGACAAAAUCCUACAGGAGAUUGCAAGAAGAGUGCACAAAGCAAAAUACUUCUCCGUGAUCAUGGAUUGCACUCCUGACAUCAGCCACAAGGAACAACUUUCUGUUGUUCUCAGGAUUGUCAACUGUGAAACACCUGUUUCUAUUGCUGAGCAUUUUUUGGGAUUUGUACAUGUUGAAGACACAACUGGUAAAGGGCUCAGUGAAAUCCUGCUUGACCAGUUGGAGAAGCACAACCUCAGCAUUUCAGAUUGCCGUGGGCAGUCAUACGACAAUGGCAGCAAUAUGAUGGGCCACAAACAGGGUGUGCAGGCAAGAAUUUUAGAGCUGAACAACAAGGCGCUAUGCAUCCCAUGCAGCAGUCACACACUAAAUCUGGUUGUGUCAGAUGCUGCCAAGUCUUCAGUGUUGUCCAUGUCUUUUUUUGGUAUGCUGCAACGACUGUACAACCUUUUCAGUUCCUCUGUGCACCGCUGGGCAAUUUUGAAGCAGCAUGUGAAGCAGCUCACCCUUAAGCCACUUUCAGGGACGAGAUGGGAGGCCCGAAUUGACAGUGUGAAGGUAGUGCGGUACCAUCUACCUGAAAUACUAGACGGACUGUCAGCACUGGAGACAUAUGCUACAGAGAAGGGGGACUCAGAGACCAUGUCCUCAGCAAAAAGCUUACAUGGUGAGCUUAAAACAUGGUCCUUUCUUCUGUGCACAAUAACCUGGUACAACGUUUUGUAUCAGGUUAACCAUAUGAGCAAGCUCCUCCAGAGCCCGGAUGUUUCAAUGCAAACACUGAAAAAAGAAACCGAGGGAGUGACAGAGUACCUAGAAGAUUUCAGGGAAAAUGGACUCGCAUCAAGCCAAACGGAUGCAAUGGAGAUUGCAGAAGAUCUGGAAAUUGAGAGGAAAUUGCCUGAGAAAAGGCAACGUAAAAAGAAAAGGCAGUUCCUUUACGAGAGUACAGAUGAAACCCAAUCGACCCCAGAAGAGGCCUUCAGAAGGGACUUCUUCCUGCCUUUGGUUGACACUGCCAUCACCAGCCUAAAAGACAGAUUUUCCAGACUGGAGGGGGUGUAUGCCCUGUACGACUUCCUGUUCAGCAUUGAUAUCAUGAGGGCCACAAUCAAGACUGGGAAAUUGCAUGAGAGAUGCAGGAAAGUGGAACAAACCCUCCAUGAUAUUGAUGCAGACGACUUGGCAUUGGAGAUCAACUCUGCUGUCCACACCUUUCCAGAUGAAGUAUCCAGGUGCCCAUUUAAAAUGCUGGACUACAUAUACAGUGAGAAGCUGUUGGACCUGUACAGCAAUUUAAGCAUUGCACUGCGCCUACUUCUGACCCUUCCUGUCUCGGUUGCCUCCGGAGAGAGGAGCUUUUCAUCUCUGAAGCGCAUAAAGAAUUACAUGAGGUCAACUAUGAGCCAAGAGAGGCUCUCUGGACUGGCACUCAUGUCAAUUGAGAGUGACGUCCGCAGGUCUUUGGACUUGGAGGGGAUUGUGUCUGCAUUUGCUGAGGCCAAGGGCCGCAAGCAGCAGUUUCAGUAGGAAAUAAAAAAAAUAAUAAAGGCUACUUUUCAGUGUAUGUUUGACCUCUUUUGUGAUUAAAACGCACAGAAUUGCGGAAAUUUUUUUUUUAAAGGCCCCCAACAACUUCUUUGCCUAGGGCCCCCAAAAUCCUAGA